AUGGGACCAUUUGCUGGAUUAAUAUCAGUAUUUCUUGUUGACUUAGCGUUAACAAACCAAAGUUAUAAAGUACAAUUUAAAAGAGCAGUUUUUACAUCAUUAAUAGGUCUUUUAGUAAUAGUAUUUGCACAAUUAUUUCCAUUACAAGAUUUUACAUGUUUAUUAGGAAGUGUUAUUGUUGGGUUAGUUCUUGGAGUGUUAUAUUUUGUUAAUUUAAAUCCAUGGUUUUCUCAACAACCAUUAUUACUACAGACAAUUGUUUAUGUUUCAUUGGUGACAUUUCUUUUAACAUAUUUUAUUGUUUUUUGUUUAUUAUUAUUCAUAUGGAUUCAACCUUUACAAAUUACUAUAUCAGCUCAAACAAAUUGA